CUGAUAACGUCAUUUAAUCACGUUCCAUGACGCUGCAACUGUUACGCGUUGUGCAUAAUUCAUUUGCAUUUCGUUUUCAAAAUUAUUGUACUAGUAGUCAUCGUAAUCUAAGCCGCCAUUGCAAGUUAUUACGUAGUCAAUACCGUUAUACGGAGUGCGGAGGGGGACAUAGACGUACGAGGGGAGUUCGUAUGAACGGUGCGGGUGCGGUUGGAGGCGUUGGAGCACGAGUUUACUCUGUCACUCGGUCAUUACGGUAUUUCUCUGUAGUGCGUCCCACAUUUACGAUUUUGAAAGAAAAAGUGACAAUGCCAGAAAAUAAACCGUUUCAACGUCUUCCAAAAAAUGUCGUACCUAAACAUUACGAACUGCAUUUGGUACCAAAUCUUGAGAAAUUUACAUUUAAUGGAAAAACUAGGGUGAAAGUAUCGAUUGUUAACUUUACCAAAGAAAUAGUUCUAAACAGUUUAGAUUUGGUAUUAACAAGUGUUAAACUUCAAUAUGGUAAAGGCGAUUCAUUUACAAGUCUUAAUCCGGUGGAAGUACGAUUGGAGCCCACAAAUGAAACUGCAGUUAUUGUAUUCGAUAAAACGCUCCCCGUUGGCGAUGCUUUUCUGUACUGCGAAUUUACCGGAGAAAUUAAUGAUAAAAUGAAGGGGCUCUACCGUAGCAAGUACUUAACCCCAGGCGGUGAAGAACGUUAUGCUGCCGUCACACAAUUUGAAGCGACUGAUGCUAGAAGAUGCUUUCCUUGUUGGGACGAACCAGCUAUUAAAGCUACUUUCGAUAUCACGCUAGAAGUUCCGGUCGAUCGAGUAGCGCUUUCAAACAUGCCAGUGAGAGAAGAAACAGUUAAGGAUGAAAAAAAAAUCAUGAAGUUUGAUACUACGCCGAUAAUGUCGACAUAUCUUGUGGCCGUUGUGGUUGGCGAGUAUGAUUAUGUUGAAAAGACUUCACGCGAUGGAGUGUUAGUUCGUGUUUACACACCUGUGGGAAAAAGUAAACAAGGUCUAUUUGCUCUUGAAGUUGCUGCUAAGGUGUUACCCUAUUACAAGGAAUACUUCGACAUUGCCUAUCCCUUGCCUAAAAUAGAUUUAAUAGCCAUAGCAGACUUUUCUGCUGGUGCCAUGGAGAAUUGGGGGCUAGUAACAUACAGGGAAACAUGCCUACUCGUAGACGAGGAACAUACAUCUGCCGUUAGAAGGCAAUGGAUUGCUUUAGUUGUUGGCCACGAACUUGCUCACCAGUGGUUUGGCAAUCUUGUUACUAUGGAGUGGUGGACUCACCUUUGGCUAAACGAGGGCUAUGCUUCCUUUGUGGAAUUCCUUUGUGUUAAUCAUUUGUUCCCUGAGUACGAUAUUUGGACACAAUUUGUAACGGAAACAUACAUAAGAGCUUUGGAAUUGGAUUGUUUGAAAAAUUCGCAUCCUAUUGAAGUACCUGUUGGACAUCCUUCUGAGAUAGAUGAAAUUUUUGAUGACAUUUCAUACAACAAGGGUGCCUCUGUGAUACGCAUGUUGCAUAGAUAUAUUGGUGAUGAUGAUUUUCGCAAAGGAAUGAACAUUUAUCUUACAAGGCACCAGUAUAAAAACACAUUCACUGAGGAUUUAUGGGCAGCCUUAGAAGAAGCUUCUAACAAGCCGGUAGGAGCUGUGAUGUCAACGUGGACCAAACAAAUGGGAUUCCCAAUGGUUGAAGUCAGCUCUGAGCAGAGAGGUGUAAAUCGAGUGCUAAAAUUGAGCCAGCAAAAGUUCUGCGCUGAUGGUAGCCAAGGAGGUGAUACAUUAUGGAUGAUACCGAUUACUAUCUCGACCCAGGAGCAACCUUCGAAGGUUGCAUUAUCUACUGUACUGGAGAAGCGAUCACAAGAAGUGAUAUUGGAAAAUGUUGCAGAAGACUCAUGGGUUAAGCUUAAUCCUGGAACGGUGGGCUACUACCGCACGCGCUACCCGGCCGCCAUGCUGGAGCAGCUGGUGCGCGCCGUGCGCGACGGCUCGCUGCCGCCGCUCGACCGCCUGGGCCUGCUGGACGACUGCUUCGCGCUCGUGCAGGCCGGCCACACCACCACCGCCGAGUCUCUGAAACUAAUGGAGGCGUUCACUGACGAGACUAACUUUACCGUUUGGUCGUCUAUAUCAAACUGCCUAUCGAAGUUAAGCGCUCUGUUCUCUCACACGGAGCUCGACAAGCCGCUAAAGAACUACGGAAGGAAGUUGUUCAGUAACGUGGCCCGGCGACUGGGCUGGGACGCCGAGGAAAAGGAGAGCCACCUCGACACGCUGCUCCGGAGCCUAGUUCUGAAUAAAAUGAUCAGCUUCGAAGACCCCGAAACUAUCAAGGAAGCGAAAAGUCGGUUCGAGCGGCACAUGGCGGGCGAGUGCGCGCUGCCGGCCGACCUGCGCUCGGCGUGCUACCGCGCCGUGCUGGCGGACGCGGACGAGCGCACGUUCGCGCGCUUCCUGCAGCUGUACCGCGCCGCCGACCUGCACGAGGAGAAGGACCGCAUCAGCCGCGCGCUGGGCGCCGUGCACGACCCCGCGCUGCUGGCGCGCGUGCUCGACUUCGCCAUCUCGGAUGAAGUCAGGGCUCAGGACACAGUGUUUGUCAUUGUCUCAGUGGCAGUUAGUAAGAAUGGACGUGAUCUAGCCUGGCAAUUCUUCAAGGAACACUGGCAAGAGUUUAUGGAUCGUUAUCAGGGCGGGUUCCUGCUGGCGCGGCUGGUGAAGUCGACGACGGAGAACUUCGCGUCGGAGGCGAGCGCGCUGGAGAUCGAGGAGUUCUUCCGCACGCACCAGUCGCCCGGCACCGAGCGCUCCGUGCAGCAGGCGCUGGAGACCGUGCGCCUCAACGCGGCCUGGCUGCGCCGCGACGCGCCCGGCGCCGGCGCCUUCCUGCGCGCGCUCCCAACCAAAUAAGAAAAGACUGACAUUUCAACGAAGAUUGCAAGUUUUUUUUUUUAUUCGAGUAAAAUGUUUCUUGCAUAUUUUAUUUAAUUACUUCAUGAACUAAUGUUAAAGUUAACUAAAGUAUUACCUAAUACCACAGCUUAAGUUUUUGUUAAUUAAUUAUUGCUUAAAAAAUUAAGUCUUACAUUGCCUGAUUUCAUAAUAUUAAAUUAACUUAAUAAUAUUUCUUGUGUCUAUGAUGAUAUUUUGUUUCUUUACACCAUAUAAAUCAUUUGUUAUUGUUAUUAGAAUUGCUAUAUUAUAUAAUUGUAUGUAGUUAUAAAAGUGUUUUACAUAUUGCAUUAUUACAAGUAAGAGAAUGCUUUCAGUCUCUUGAUUGACUUUCAUGAGGCCAUACCAAAUAGGUAUAUUGUGUAAAUGUGUAAAAAUAAUGUUAAUGUAUAAUUAUUUAGUUUCAUUGGUGCUCAGUGCAUUUCUAUGUUUCGUUUCAUUAAAGAAUGAUAUGCAUAUAUAGAAUGCUAAUAAAACAAUCGAUAAAUUAUUCAUUUAAAAAAUACAAUUUGGAUUAUGUAAUUUUUUGCUGUAACUUUCAUUAUACUUGGAGAGUAUAAUUCGCCUAUGCUUGCAAGAAAGUCUUGAAUUUGUGAUGUAUGAAAUGUAAAUUGUGUUGAAAGUUACCAUCGUUUAGUUUCUCACUUGUUGUUAUGAUUUUUUUGUAAAACUUAUGUUAUUGCAAUAAAUCGUACAAAAGUA